AUGACCGUCGAAUCAUCACUUCCAACUUCCCAAAACGCCCUCAAGACUCAAGGCCCAAACAGCGUCUCAGUCAUUACGGAUGCUCCUCUCCCCAACAUCGAACCACAUGAUGUUCUCGUCCGUGUCCUCGCUGUCUCCAUCAAUCAUGUAGAUGGCAAAGCCGUGGAUAUGUCGCCUCAAAUUGGCGCAACCAGUGGAACAGAUUUCUCUGGUAUCGUAGCUGCUUUGGGUUCAGCCGUUGAGAGUGAUUCUUUCAGAGCUGAGCGUGGCAUGAAACCCAUCAGCAUUGGCGAUCGUGUCUUUGGGGGCACAUUUGGGAACAACCCCCUCAGGCCACACAAUGGUGCUUUUGCAGACUAUGUAGCUGUUCCGGCGCGACUUGUCUGGCAUGUUUCUGACGGGAUGGACUUCAACACUGCUUCUACUCUCGGGGCAUCACUGGCUACUGUUGGACUCUCACUCUUCAACUACCUUGGUCUUCCUCUUCCUUAUAGCAAAAUCCUCAAGGGAGAUGAAAUGCCCACUGUCUUGGUAUAUGGUGGUGGCACUGCAACUGGCGCAAUUGCUUUGCAGGUGUUGAAGGAAGCAGGUAUCAACGCGAUAACCACCUGCUCGUCCACCGCAGCACCUCGCGCAACCCGUCUCGGUGCCAAAGCAUGGUUCGACUACAAGUCUCCUACCUGCGGCGCUGAUAUCCGCGAGCACACAAAUGACACACUUGCUUACGCACUGGAUUGUAUCACUGAUACAUCUUCCAUGGCCAUCUGCUAUGAGGCCAUCGGCUCUUCGGGUGGUCGCUACGUCGCGCUAGAUGCCUUUCCUGUACGAGGACAUACGCGACGUAGUGUUGUCCCGGAAUGGGUUUGCACGCCUACUCAGUUUGGGCAUGCAAUUCGUUGGACACCUCCCUAUGAUCUUGAGCCCAGACCGAGAGAUUUGGAGUAUGCGGAGGAGUGGUAUCCAAUUGCGCAACAGAUCGUUGAUGAAGGAAAGGUUGAACCACAUACAGUAGAAGUGAGGAAAGGUGGUUUGGGUGCUGUCUCAGAAGGUAUGGAACAGGUUCGUCGGGGUUUGAUUCAUGGGAAGAGACUUGUUUAUCCCAUUGCAAGUUAUUGA